GGAGGUGUGUUUAGGGAGUGUGCGUGGGGUGGGGGGAGUGAGCGGUUUGUAGCAGGAAGUGUGUGAGAGUUUGAACAGGUCCCCGGGGUGGAGUCAGCAGAAGGCGGAAAACAACGCGCCAACAGUCCGUGCCGGAGGGGGAGCGGCCGAGGCCGCGGAGAGCUGCCGGGCUUCCGAUGGGUAGGGGGCGAGGCUGAGCUCGAACUGAGUCGGUGGCGGCCGAGGGGCCACGGCGUUUCGGAGCGGAACCGGCGUCGGCGUCCAGCGGGCCGAUGGACGCGCUGUUGCUCACCGCCAACGUGGGCUCCCUCUUCGACGAUCUGGAAGGUUUGCAAUCAAUCUGGUUACAGGAGUUUUAUCAGACUGUGGCCAAGUUCAGGCCUCACUUCAUCGCCAUCCACCUUCAGGAGAUCGGAGGGAAGGACUAUGAAACUGGCAUGGUGCACGUGGACACGUUUGUGCAUGGUGUUCUCUCCAGUAGGGAGAUGCGACAGUACGACAGAGCACGAGCGUACCUCGAUGAGGACUUCACUGCGCACAGCCAUUUCACGGCCCUGGGCAGUGUGUACUUCCUACACAAAUCUGUUCAAUCUGUUUUCCAGUUUGACUUCAAAGUCCAAGAGUUCAAGGAGGUGCUCGGCAAGGAGGUUCACACCGCACAUCUGGAAGGCAACAGCAUGAUGGAGAAGGAAAGAUUCCCGCAGGACUUCUGGCCUGAGUUCAAGUGGUCUCGGAAAGGCUACAUCCGGACACGCUGGAGGUUCCAGGAUCGCACCUUUGACCUGGUGAACAUUCACCUCUUCCACGACGCCUCUAAUCUCGUCGCCUGGAAGAGCCCUUCUAUCUUCUCGGCCAACAGGCAGAAGGCCCUGGGCCACGUGCUCAGCAGAAUCACAGACACCCGCUAUGAGAAGGCGCCGUUCCUGAUUUUCGGAGACUUCAACGUGCGGCUGGACACGCAGAGAGUGGUGGAGACACUCUGUUGUCCAUCCAGUGUACAGACCAUACUGACCAACGAUGCUGAAGAUGUGAAGAAGGUUCUCUUUCAGGAGAAGGCCAAUGACCACAAGGUCCUAUUAAGGAUUGAAUCAAAGACUUUUGACUACUUUGAUCAAGAUGUUUUUCGGCAGAACAACGGGAAAGCUCUUUUAAAGUUUGACAAGGAACUGGCCACUUUCAUCAAUGAAAUCUGUGAACUUGACAUUCAGUUUCCGCCAAGUUAUCCGUACAGUGAAGUCAACACUGAGGGAACACUGUACGCCAAUACUCGUUGCCCGGCCUGGUGUGAUCGUAUCCUCAUGUCUCCGUCUGCCAUUGAGGUUGUCGGCAAGGGGGAGUACGUGUACGAUAUGAUGGGACCUGAAGUCUGCAUGGGUGACCACAAGCCGGUGUACUUGUACUUCCAGAUCAGCAUGUGAGAACACAAGGUGACCCGGGACCUCAGCCUGCAGUGUUCUGAUCUCCCUUGGCCAAUCAGAACCCCAGAGCACACCGGCCCGAAGAUCAGGCCGUCUUCUGGUAUUCAGCCCAGAAGUCAGUCCUAUCAAAUUCCUUCAAAUCUUACCCCACUGGAUCCCUAUGCCUACUCUUUCAGAAUAUUCAGGAGAGAUCCAAGGUCUAUGAGCGUUUCCAUCACACAGUUCCCAAAGAACUGGAGUUCCUUUAAGUUUUUAUGUUUUGUACAGAAAAUGGUUGAAGCGAGAGGUCAUCGUAGACCCAUACUGUAUAUAAUCGUUAUUUAUCUAGCUUUAGAUUCCUUUCUGAGAUGGUGAGGGUCCCUUCCCCAGCGGUAGGGGGUGUAAAUCAUGGAUUACGAUCAACAGGAGGGGGCGGGACUGGGAAUGGGAGUGAGAGUUGGACUUCAAUUCUGUACAGAUUGUGGUUGAGGGAUAUGGAAGGGGGAGGGCUCAUAUUGUCAUGGCAACACCACCCUCUCAUAAGACAGCAGCCCUGAGAAGAGGGAAGGGGGGAAGGGGUCUGUUGGGAGGUGAACGCUGGCCAGCGUUCCGUGAUACUCCUCUGAGGUCAAGCUUUGGACGUGGCCAUAGGGAGCGUGCUUUGGAGUUUGACGCCUCCAGCAGCCAAUCUCCACGGCAAUCCUUGUGGUUCACUACAUCAUAGAAUCAUUGAGCACUACAGCACAGAAACUCCUAAGCCAUUCUGAACUGUUAUUCUGCUUAGUCCCACUGACCCGCACCUGAGCCAUAGCCCUCCUUCCUCUCGUAACCUUGUACUGACCCAAACUUCUCUUAACUACUGCCAAAGGACAUAUGAGCAGAAUUAGCCCAGUCUGCUCCAGCAUUCCAUCAGGACUAAUUAUCCCUGGGACUCUUACACUGCGAGGCUGCACCACUGUAACCUCAACCCCAGGCUCCCACCACAUCCCAUCCCUCCCCUCCAGUCACCCCCUCUCCCCCAUUCUCGUUGAAGAUAAAGAUUAGCUUUAUUUACCACAUGUACGUCAACACAUACAGAGAAAUGCGUUGUUUGCAUCAACACAGUCCGUGGACGUGCUGGGGGCAGCCCACAUGGGCCUUCGUUGUAACUUUGUGAUGUGGCAGGAAACUGGGGGUCCCGGAGGAAGCCCACUUGUAUAAACCUACCCAUAGCGAAACCACUCACAAACUCUAAGAGUGCCAGAUACUCAACCCAGAUCGCUGUCAAGCAUUAAGUCAGCCCCUACACUACCAUGCCAUAUUGGCCCAAAGGACAUUCUGCUCAGUCUCUCAGUCGAGUUCAGACAGGACCCUGGGGACCGUUAGUUAAAGGAAUCCACCCCGACCCACCUUAUAACCCCCCCUUAACUCACUAGAGCUGCUGCCCACUUGGAUCCUGGUUAGUCCAGGCUUCCUGUUGUGACCAGGGCUCUGGGGGAUAGGAACAGUUGACAAGGUGCCUCUUCCAAGAUUCUUCCCAGCGCUCCUGGGGACGUGUAUCUCAGGUGGUGGGUUACAACGCGCAGUGGAACGGUGUGAGAAACAAUGAGUUAUUGACCAAAUAUCCCAGAAACGGUCGGCAGUUUUGGAGGGUUGAUGGAUCAGAAAUCCGAUCACUGAGUUUUAUAUGUUUUUAUAAUUUCUAUAGCAAUGUUAAGUGCCUAUAUUGUGUGGACUUUGUGUCCACUCUGUCUCAACCUUGUAAAACCAGAAAUAAAUUCUGGUGUGGGCUCUCUGUGGAAUAAUCUUGUGUCAAAGGGUUAUUCUGCUGCUGGGAAGCCAUCACAUGCUCCUGGGAUGCCCCUGGAGAAUCCGGUCACUCCUGGAUGAACUGCACUUCAGGAUCGCCGUCACAGAAAUCAGCUACUCUCCACCGUAGAUAUUCUCUGACCCUCCUCUCUCCCUCUUUCUUCAAAGCCGGCACAUCUCUGUGAGAUUUGGGCAACUUUCUUCCAGGCAGAAGUCUGCAGCCGUAGUCACAGGGGACUAGUCUGUUGUCUUCCCCCAGCGCGGCGUAGGCCACCAACAGCAGCCCACCAGAGUCCUCUGUCCUGCGCCAGUCCCCAGGUAUAGCCCAUCCUCUUGGUGUAUCCUUCCUCUCCCAGAGAUGAGAUCUGUGGGGCUUCUGCUGGCAUUUCAGUGGCUUUUCUGGGUUUUUACGGACUGGGGUUACUAGCCCCUCACCCAACACACCAGCCAGGCUUGGGACCGUCCAUCAAGUCUGUGCCAAACAGUAAAUUCUACCCAACCCACUGACUCACACUGGGACCGUAGCCCCUCAUAGACCUCCCACCCACAUAUGUAUCCCCAUUUCUCUUAAAUGCUGAAAUCGAACCCACGUCCACUUCUACUAGCAGCUUAUUUCACACUCUGAGUGAAGAAGAUCCCCCCCCCAGACAUCCUUUAAACAUUUCACCUUUCUGUCUUAACCGAUGACCUCUAGUUCUAGUCUUGCCCAACCUCAAGGGUAAAUGCAAGCAGGCUUUUUCCUCUACCCCUCAUAAUUUUGUGUACCUCUAUUAAUCUGCCCUCAUUCUCCUACGCUCCAGGGAAUAAUGUCCUAACAAGGUUCAUUAUCACCGGCAUAUGUCGUGAAAUUAGUUGACUUUGUGGCAGCGGUACAUGACAAUACAGGGGGGAAAAAAUUGGAUGGUCGAGGGGAAUAAUGGUUGAGUGUGAGUGUGUGUGCCUUCAGGCUCCUGUACCUCCUCCCUGAUGGCAGCAGUGAGUGAAAAAACAUGUUCUGGGUGGUGGGAGUCCUUGAUGAUGAAUGCUGCCUUUCUGCCUUGAAGAUGUCCUGGACACCACGGAGACUGGUGCUCAAGAUGGAGCUGACUAAUUUUGCAACUUUCUGCAGCUGACUUCGAUCCUGUGAAGUAACUCCACCCCAUACCAGAUGGUGAAGUCAAAAACAGCAAAAGAGAGGGCAUAUAAUAAAGCAAAAAUUAGUGGGAAGUUGGAGGAUUGGUAAGCUUUUGUAAACAACUAAAGGCAACUAAAAAGCCAAAAGGAGGAAAAUGAUGAAAUAUGAAGGGAAGCUAGCCAAUAAUGUAAAAGAUCAUGCUCAACAUUUUGAAAGAUAUAUAAAGAGUAAAAGAGAGGCGAGGGUGGCUAUUAGACCACUGGAAAAUGACACUGGAGAGGUGGUAAUGGGGAACAAAGAAAUGGAGGAACUUAUUAAGUAUUUUGUGUCAGUCUUCACUAUUAGAGCAUAAGGCAUAGGAGCAGAAUGAGGCCAUCUGGCCUAUCGAGUCUGCUCCGCCAUUCAAUCAUGGCUGAUCCUUUUUUUCUUCUCCUCAACCCCAGUUCUCAGCCUUCUCUCCUUAACCUUUGGUGCCAUGUCUAAUCAAGAACCUAUCAAUCUCUGCCUUAGAUGCACCCAACAACCUGCCCUCCACAGCUGCAUGUGGCAACAAAUUCCACAAAUUCACCACCCUUUGGCUAAAGAAAUUCCUCCAUGUCUCUGUUUUGAAAGGGUAUCUCUCUAUCCUGAGGCUGUGCCCUCUUGUCCUAGACUCUCCCACCAUGGGAAAUAGCCUUUCCACAUCUACUCUGUCUAGGCCUUUCAACAUACAAAAGGUUUCAAUGAGAUUCCCCCCUCAUCCUUCUGAAACGUUGGGUAUUGAAGACACUAUCAGUGUGCCAGAGAUUCAAGAGUGUCAGAGGACAGAAGUGAGUGAAGUUGCCAUUACGAGGGAGAAGGUGCUUGGGAAACUGAAAAUCUGAAGGUAGAUAAGUCACCUGGACCAGACAGACUACACCCCAAGAUUCUGAAAGAGGUAUCUGAGGGGGUUGUGAAGGCAUUAGUAAUGAUCUUUCAAGAAUUACUAGAUUCUGGAAUGGUUCUGGAGGAGAAAGAAAUUACAAAUGUCACUCCACAUUUUUAAGAAGGGAGGGAGACAAAAGAAAGGAAAUGAUAGGCCAGUUAGCCUGACUUCAGUGGUUGGGAAGAUGUUGGAGUCCAGUUUAAGGAUGAGGUUUUGGGAUAUUUGGAGCCAUGUAAUAAAAUAGGCCGAAGUCAGCAUGGUUUCCUUAAGGGGAAAUCUUGCCUGACAAAUCUGUUGGAAUUCUUUGAGGAAAUAACAGGCAGGAUAGACAAAGGAGUCAGUGGAUGUUGUUUAUUUGGAUUUUCAGAAUGCCUUUGACAAGGGGUUAUACAUGAGGCUGUUUAACAUGAUAAAAGCCCAUGGUAUUACAGGAAAGAUACUAACAUGGAUAGAAGAUUGGCUGGGUGGCAAGAGGCAAAGAGUCGGAAAAAAGGGGACCUAUAAUGGUUAGCUGAUGUUGACUAGUGCUGUUCCAAGGGGCCCAAAACUGCUCACAAUCCUCCCAAGCGUGGCCUGACCAAUGCCUUCUAAAGCCUCAGCAUUACAUCCUUGCUUUUAUAUUCUAGUCCUCUUGAAAUGAGUAGACUCCCGAGUCUCUUUGCACCUCUGAAUUUUCUCCCCAUUUAGAAAAUAAACCACCUCUUGGACCCUGUGCACCUCCAGUCCUUUUAGCCCAAGCUGGAGCUCAGCACAAGCUUUUUUUUAUAUGCUAAGUUAACACACACAAAGUGCUGGCGGAACAGUUUCUAUGGAGGGGAACAAACAGUCAACACUUCAGGUCA